AGAAAACAACCUCCUCCGUCGCCUCUUCGUUUGUGUACAACCGUCCUUAGUCCUCCCUCUCCGUCCCAUAUUAGAUUACAAAAACCUUUUAAUUCUCUCGUCAUUCCCCCCAACACAUUUUCAUGGUCUUGCACUGAAACAAAUUGAAAUUAGGGUUCCGGAAUGCCAUGGUGGGAAUGAUGAUGACGGCGAACUCUACAGAAAAGCUCGCCGGUCUUGUGGACUCGGCCAAGUUCGCCACAGACAUUCCGUCGAAGCUUGAUCGCUUGCGCCAAUUGAAGCAUGAUUUGCUACACGAGAACCCUAGUUCGCUCUCCGACCUCCUUCCUCGUCUCUUUGAGCUUCAGUCCGAUAGGUUCGGUCCAGUUCGCAAGUUCGCCACCAAAAUCAUUGGUGAAAUUGGAUUGAAGUAUGUGGAGUUCUUACCUGAAAUUGUACCUGUGUUGAUUACGGUUUUGAAUGAUGCUACACCGGCCGUUGCUCGACAAGGCAUUAAUUGUGGAAUUAAUUUGUUUCGUCGUACUCUUGAGAGAAUUGCAGUUCAGGGUCUGCAUUCUAGUGAAUUGGACGGUUCUCUCGAGUCAUCGUGGGAAUGGAUGUUGAAGUUGAAGGAGAAAAUUUACUCGAUUGCUUUUCAGCCCGGAGGUGGAGGGAUAAGGUUGCUAGCCUUGAAGUUUGUUGUGGCAGUCAUUCUUCUUUACACACCUGAUCCUAAUGGCUCACCAGAGCCUCCCUCUCAUGAAGAAAACCCGGUUGAAUUUAAUAUAUCUUGGGUUCGUGGGGGUCAUCCGGUACUCAAUGUUGGAGAUUUGUCGAUUGAGGCCAGUCAAAGUAUGGGUUUAUUGCUUGAUCAACUCAGGUUGCCUACUGGGAACUCUCUCAGUAACUCAACAAUAAUUGUGCUUAUUAAUAGCCUUUCAGCAAUUGCAAAGAAGAGGCCUGCGUUCUAUGGGCGUGUUCUCCCAGUUUUACUUGGUCUGAAGCUUUCAAGCUCUGUCAUCAAUGGGCUGCAUAUUUCCGGGGCACAUUAUGCUUUAAAAAAUGCAUUCCUCACCUGUUUAAAGUGCACGCAUGCGGGUGCUGCACCGUGGCGCGAUCGUUUAAUUGGGGCUUUGAGAGAGAUGAAUGCUGGAGGUUCAGCAAAAAGUUCAGCAGAGAAAGUCCACCAUAUUUGCAAGGCUAAUGGAGGUCUAAGAGAUGUGCAAGAAGACAUUCUAGUUACUAAGGGUGAGAAACCCACUGUUGAAGCAUAUGAAUCUGUGCAAAACAAUUUUGGAAAGAAAAGGUCUGGAUCGCAGGAUAAGGGUGAUUUUGUCAAGGAUGAGGAUACACCAGGAAAACGAAUCAGAGCAACACCUAAUGUCUCAGAAGAAUCGGCUAAAGAAUUAAAUACAACUAUCUCUGUUACAUAUGAUGACAUUUCUUCAACUGGUCCAACCACUUCCGAAGGAGAUGGUGAUACUGGUCCUGUGCAUCAACUUGUAGCUAUGUUUGGUGCCUUGGUUGCCCAAGGCGAAAAAGCUGUUGGUUCUUUAGAGAUUCUCAUUUCAAGUAUCUCUGCUGAUUUGCUAGCUGAGGUAGUGAUGGUUAGUAUGCGUAACCUUCCUCUAGCUCAUGCUAUAGCCGAAGCAGGUGAUGAACCAGUGCAGAAUAUGAGUAUAGUUGGCAGUGAUUCUCAAGUUAAAUAUCCGCCGUCGUUUGUUGCUAAUGUUCUCUCACUUUCCAGCAUGUUUCCUAAGAUAGCUUCACUGGUAGAUACUCGUCAAUCAGUGGUCAAUGAUAAAGCGAAACCUGAAGUGGAGAAAGAACGUUCAGCAGAUAAUGCUGUUGCUUCUGUUGGCAUUGAUGAAGGAGCAGAAACUCUCUUGUUGUCUGCUGGGGUAUCAGAUUCUUCUGAUAUUUCUGAAAUGGGCAAAGGCUGCUUAGCAUUCCCUUCUGAUAUCCAUGAUGCUGGCAAUAUGGAGAGUGAAAUACCUGGACUUGAUUCUUCUGUUCGUAAUGAUAAUUUGUCAGGACAGCUUGCUGCUUCGUCAUUGGUCUCUAUGGACGUAGAAGAUGCCAGUCAAGAGAAAAUUACAAGUUUUGUUCAAAAGACUUCAUUGCAUUUACUUCCAUCAACGUCAACGGAGAGGUCUGACGAGCUAAGCCCAAAAGCAACUGUUUCUGAUGUCAAUAGCUUGGUUUCCUCCACAGCAACUUCAGUUGGGUUGCCCCAUCAUUUUGUCCUGCCAAAGAUGUCAGCACCUGUUGUCAACCUUGCUGAUGACGAGAAGGAUAAUUUGCAGAAAUCAGCUUUUGUUCGUGUUGUUGAGGCAUAUAAGCAAACAACAGUUACUGGAGGUUCACAAAUUCGAUCUUCUUUGCUUGCACACUUGGGAGUUGAGUUUCCCUUAGAGUUAGAUUCAUGGAAGCUGAUACAAACACACAUCUUGGCAGAUUAUACGAAUCAUGAGGGACACGAGUUGACAUUGCGCGUCCUGUACAGGUUGUUUGGGGAAGCAGAAGAGGACCACGAUUUCUUUUCUUCCAGAACUGCUACUUCUGUUUACGAGAUGUUCCUUUUAACUGUGGUGGAAACGCUAAGAGACUCAUUUCCUCCCUCAGACAAAUCAUUGAGCAGAUUGCUUGGAGAGGUUCCAUAUUUACCAGACAAAGUUUUGAAAUUAUUGGAGCGCAUGUGCUCACCUGGAAACUUUGACAAGGCUGAGAAAGAAUUACAAAGCGGGGACCGAGUGACGCAAGGUCUGAGCAUAGUGUGGAGCCUGAUUUUACUGAGGCCUCCUUUUCGAGAUGCCUGCUUGAAAAUUGCUUUAAAGAGUGCGGUACAUCAUAUGGAGGAAGUGCGCAUGAAGGCUAUUCGUCUGGUCGCAAACAAGCUUUAUCCUUUGUCAUCCAUUGCAAAACGAAUAGAAGAUUUCGCAAAAGAAACAUUGCUUUCUGUAAUAAACGGUGAAACAACAGAAACAUUGGAUGCUGAAGGACCAAUUUCUGAACUUAGGAAGGACUCUGAGUCCGAAAAGCCUUUUAAUGAACUUCCAUCAAUGAGUGCCAACAGUAAAGAUGUGUCCUCGGAUACUCAUCAAUCAUGUACUUCUCAAAGUGGAUCAUCCCUUUCAGUCUGUGAGGCCCAGCGGUGUAUGUCACUUUAUUUUGCUUUGUGCACAAAGAAACACUCCCUCUUUUGCGAAAUUUUUUUUACUUAUAAAAGUGCAUCGAAGGAAGUUAAGCAGGCAGUUGAUCGCCAUAUCCCAAUAUUAGUCCGCACUAUGGGCUCAUCCUCAGAUCUUCUUGAAAUUAUUUCAGAUCCUCCAGUAGGAAGCGAGAACCUCCUAAUGCAGGUUUUGCAUACAUUGACAGAUGGAACGAUUCCUUCUCAAGAAUUGAUAUUUACCAUUAAGAAGUUAUAUGAUUCAAAAUUGAAGGACGCUGAGAUACUUAUUCCAAUAUUACCAUUUCUAUCGAAGGACGAGGUUUUGCUGAACUUUCCCCAAGUUGUGAAUCUUCCUAUAGAUAAGUUCCGAGUGGCACUCGCGCGGAUAUUACAGGGUUCACCACAUUCUGGUCCGCUACUUGCUCCUGCUGAUGGGAUUGACCCUGAUAGAGAUGGAAUUCCAUUGAAGAAGGUCACAGAUGCAUGCAACGCUUGCUUUGAACAGCGGCAGACAUUCACCCAACAAGUUCUUGCUAAAGUUUUGAAUCAAUUGGUUGAGCAAAUUCCUCUGCCUAUACUGUUCAUGCGUACAGUAUUACAAGCUAUAGGUGCUUUUCCAGCACUGGUGGAUUUUGUGAUGGAGAUUCUCUCUCGACUUGUAAGCAAACAGAUAUGGAAAUAUCCCAAGUUGUGGGUAGGAUUCUUGAAGUGUGCGUUCUUGACAAAGCCUCAAUCAUUUGGUGUGUUGCUUCAGCUACCUCCAGCACAACUAGAAAAUGCAUUGAAUAGAACACCAGCUCUGAAAGCACCAUUAACUACGCAUGCUAGCCAGCCAGAUAUUCGAUCUUCACUUCCAAGGUCAAUAUUGGUAGUUUUGGGCAUUGCUUCAGAUUCCCAGCCCCAAACAAGUCAGCCACAGGCUGCAGAAGCGAUCACCUUAGAUAAGGAGGUGGUCAAAGAAAAAUCUAAAGAAUCAUCUGGUGCUUCUUGACAUGUCAACUCAAUUUCCGAAGAGUCUAUGAAUUUGGCAUUGAUGAAUCCAGCAGACGCAUCACCGGCUUGUCGGGAUCAAUCUUACCUUCCAAGUGCUGACUAAUGUUGUCCAAUGUUUUGGCUCAGAAUGAAAAUCAAACACGCAGGAAAAUCCAUCAGUCGUCUUCUCAGAUGGAAAAGCAAUGGUUAUGUUGUACUAUACCCUAUAAGCGGACAUAGAUAGAGCAUGUUUCCAGGUCACAAUAAGUAGCUGCGCCAUCCGAUUUCACUGAUAACCGGGCAAAUUAGAUAAGAGUUACUGUCGGAAUUUUGCCUGUGGAAUAAUGCGUUGAUAGUAUAAGUUCUACUUUUAAGAUAUGUUUACUUUUACAUGUAUUGAUUUGUUUACUUUUAACAUAGAAAUGAUGAUUUAAUAGUGUCAGCAUGUAGAGAAUGUGACAAGGAAAUCUUAAU